AUGGCGGCGGCGGAGCUGCGCUGCACCGUGGCCGUGGAGGAGCCGCUGCCGGGCGGGGCGGCCCCGCGGCGCCGCGUGGUGCGGGGCGCGCUGGUGCUGCUGGGCCGCAACGAGCUGCGGCAGCCGGUGCUGCGGGUGCUCGGCGGUACCGGUACCGGCACCGGCACGGCGCUGAGCUUCCCGCUGAGCGGCGACGCCGUGCGGCUCUUCGCCCGGUUCGCCGGCGAGGGGCGGGCGGCGGUGCGGCUGGCCCCGGGCGGCGCCCAGCUGCUGCUGUCCGACUGCCCGCCCGACGCCCUCCGCCGCUUCCUCCGCCUGCUGCGGCACAAGCUGGCCGCCGGGCCGCGGGGCGCCCCGCGCUGCCCCCGCCUGCUGGCCCGGCCGCCGCCCGCCUUCGCCAUCAUCAGCCCGCUGCGGGAGCGGGACGUGCUGCGCCGCCCCGGCCGCCCCCGGGAGGAGGGUGGCGGUGAGGAGCCGGGGCAGCGCCCGGCGGAGGUGCCUCGUGCGGAGCGGCGGCCCCCGGCGAGGCUCUCGGCGGAGCAGGAGGCGGUGCUGGGCGCGGUGCGCAGCGGGAAGGGCGUCUUCUUCACCGGCUGCGCGGGUGAGGGCCGGGGGAGGCCAGGUUUCCUCUGCCUCCCCCUAGGGACCGGGAAGUCGUUCCUGCUGAAGAAGAUCGUGGGCUCCCUCCCUCCAAACAGCACCUAUGCCACAGCCAGCACCGGGGUGGCAGCUUGCCACAUUGGUGGCACGACGCUCCACGCCUUUGCAGGGAUUGGCUCUGGGAAGGCACCGCUAGAGCAGUGUAUCCAGCUGGCAGAGAGACCUGGAGUGCGCCAGCACUGGCUGGCCUGCCAGCACUUAAUUAUCGAUGAGAUCUCAAUGGUGGAUGGCAAGUUCUUUGACAAGCUAGAGGCAGUGGCGAGAGCAGUAAGGAAACGGGAUGAGCCUUUUGGAGGAAUUCAGCUAAUCAUCUGUGGGGACUUCUUGCAGCUACCCCCAGUGUGCAAGGCUAAUGAAGAAAUCAAGUUCUGCUUCCAGGCAAAAAGCUGGAGGAAAUGCAUCCACAUAAACAUGGAGCUCACUGAAGUGCGGAGACAGACUGAUAAGACGUUUAUCUCGCUCCUGAGUGCAGUCCGUUUAGGCAGGUGCACAGAGGAGGUUACCAGUCUGCUGAUGCAGACAGCUACUAACAGGUCUGAGCGUGAUGGGAUCCUGGCUACGCGGCUCUGCACUCACAAAGAUGACGUAGAACUAACUAAUGAGAAACGCUUGCAACAGCUAUCAGGAGAAGUGCACACUUUUGAGGCUUUGGACAGUGACCCAAUGCUCGUGAAGUUAAUUGAUGCUCAGUGUCCUGUGGGUGGUAAAGUUGUGUUAAAGGUUGGAGCUCAGGUGAUGCUAGCUAAGAAUCUGGAUGUGUCUCAAGGGCUGGUGAAUGGAGCACGAGGAGUUGUUGUGGGAUUUGAAAGUGAUCAGAAGGGGCUGCCCAAGGUGAGGUUUCUCUGCGGGGUCACACAAAUCAUCAAAAUGGAGAGGUGGGUCUUCAAAGGGCCACCUGGAGUACAUCUGAGUCGCCAACAGUUGCCCCUAAAACUGGCAUGGGCCAUUUCCAUUCACAAGAGUCAGGGCAUGUCUCUAGAUUGUGUGGAAAUCUCCCUGUCUCGUGUCUUUGAAAGUGGGCAGGCUUAUGUAGCCCUUUCUCGAGCCCGUAGCCUUGCAGGUCUCCGUGUUCUGGAUUUUGACCCAAAAGUAGUGAGAGCUGAUCCUUCUGUGUUGCAGUUUUAUAGACAACUGAGACGUCAUCAACUUCUAACCCAGGAUUCACUACAUACCCAUUCAGAUGCUGAUGAAAAAGAGAACUGGAAAAGCAGCUGAGAAUGCUCUUCUGGCCUUUAUGAGGCAUCAACACAUAUGGUUGAGUUGCGGCGAUCUUGCUGUUGAGUAUAUUUGAUAAUGUAGAUGAAUUCGAAAGAUUUUUUUUUAAUGUUUGUUUCAGCUGACUCUGGAUGUAUAGAAGUGUCCCUGUCUUGUGCCUCUGAAAUCUAGAAGUCUUCUGUAGCCCCUUUCUGGGUCCACAGUCCCAAGCACUUGUGUGUCUCCAGUGUGACUCUAGCAAACAAAAUGACUGAACAAGGAUGUUGCUGAGGGACCUUCCUAUGGUUCUAUCCUGGCUGCAUUUUUAUCAUGCACAUAUGUGGACUGCGAAACUUGUAUUUUUUUUUUUUUCAAGUAUACCACAGCUGGGAGAUGGGAAGUCUGUGCCCCCUUUGCCUGAAUGAUCUGGACCUGUUCACUGGAGCUGCUGACGUGAGGGGAAAGCAAUGCGAAGUAUCUGGAGUACAUGUGAUUCUCCUGGAAGUGUGGAGCUGCCAGGAGCUAGGCUACUGCUUCAAAUUGCAUGUUGGGAUGUUUUUGCAUUUCAAAUGUUUAACACCAGUAGGCUUUGCACAACUUCAUCCACAAACAAAACUGUAAAAAGUUGUGUAAUCUAUUAUGCUGAUGCACAUUCAUUGUGUUAGCCUGUUGCGUAUGGUGACACAUGAUUUUAUUUUUUUAAUUCUUCCAAGAUGAGCUGGCGCUGUUAAAGAUAGGAACAAGUCCUACAUUUUCUACCCAUAAUCAUGGAACCACAAGAAUUGGGAAGAUCCAUUACCCCGGAGCAAGAAGGGAGUGAGCAGAGAGAGGUGCUGAUGGGCCCCCCUUUUGUUUAAGCACGUGAGGUUCUUUCAAAGGGGAGGGGGUUUGUUAGAACUAACACACAGCUAGUUAGGUGGAAGUUGAGUGUGUAAUAGGGAAAUGGCCAAGGACAUGGGAAGUGAACCGUAACCACUUUUUCAGCAAAAGGAGGGCUGAACAGAACUAAUGUACUGUCUUUUUAAAGCCUUAAUAAAGGAGAAGAUUUACCCUUUGUAUUUCAGCAUAUUGCUUAAGCUUAAGUAACUUGUAUAUUUUUAAAUGUUUAAUAUGCAGAAAUAAUGUGAAAUAGUAAUGUCUGUUAAAAUGAUGUUUACUCUUGGGUUAGACCCUUACAAAGGAUACAGCAGCCAGCUAUUUCUUGUCAUACACAAUACAGUGAUUUAUUGACAGAUGAGAAGAGUAAUGAGAUAAGAGAUUUUAAAGGAUUUUAACCUGCAUUAAAGUUCUGUAAUAACAAGAUAACUUAGCGUUUAAGAAGGGUGAUUAUGGACAACGCAAAUAAGCUAUUGUGAUCUUCUUGAAGCAGCUGCCUUAACCGCAGCUUUCAUGGGUUAAGGACUGACAUCACCAGUUGUGAGUGUGGGUGUUUUUUUUUUUUUUUUGUGCUGAUUAGAGCUAAAAACCAGACCUUAAACCUGGAAGGGGUAAUAACUUUCAUGUCAAUAUUAAAUAUAUGUGAAAUAUUAGGGUUGCCCUUUCAGAGGUGAAACAGUGGAAACAGAAUAGCAGUGGCUUAUGAUGGCUUGGCAGUUGUCCAGAGGCUGAAAGGGGUUUGUCUCUGUAAAUUUUGGAUGUUCUCACUCACUUCCAGCUAAAGCAGAUGUAGGCUGCAGCUGAAGACUGCUAUUUGAAUCCUAAAAGGGGCAGUUAGGACAAAUACGAGCUGUCAGCCUUUGUCAUGGCUCCACUGCAGUCAGGAUUAUGAUGCUGCUUUUUUAAUAGAAUAAAACAGCGAUCUCUAUGAAGUAAAAAUCUUCUUACAAUUAAAUUGUUUGCCAAGUACCUUCACAGGCAAAACAGACUCAACUUGAGGAAAAUAAAUGUGAUUUGUUACCAGUUAAAAAUAUUUGGAUAGUGAGAAACAGGCAAAAAAAUAAACAGAAAAACACUUUGCCACCACCCCUAUUUUAUUUACAGACUCAACUUUAUUACUUUGCUACCACCUCCUCUACACUACUGCCCCCUGUGGUACAGGAAGAGGAAG